AUGCCGUGCACCGGGCACCUCGACACGCCGGGGGCCCCGGCCCCUGCCACGCCACCGGAGCCCACGUGUUACCGCAAUGGAGGAGGCAUCUUCCUCAUCCCUUACUUCAUCAUGCUGCUCGUCACGGGGCUGCCCCUCUUCCUGAUGGAGCUGAGCCUGGGCCAGUACGGGGCCGCGGGGCCCAUCACUGUCUGGAAGUGCUGCCCGCUCCUGAAAGGCGUUGGCGUCGCCAUGCUGAUCGUGUCCUCCCUGGUAUCCCUCUACUACAACGUCAUCAUCGCCUGGGCUUUCUACUACCUGGGCUCCUCCUUCCAGAGCCCCCUACCCUGGUCCUGCGAUGCCCCUUGGAACGUGGACCUCUGCCAGGUGGUGUACUUCACAGCCACUUUCCCCUACCUGGUCAUCCUCAUCCUCAUCAUCCGGGGGGCCACAUUGGAAGGAUCCCUCAGCGGUGUCCGCUUCUACCUCUCCUCGGACUGGAGCAGGCUGCAGAGCGCCCAGGUAACCCCGGACACCUUGCUCAUCGCCAUUGGGAACUGCUGCACCAGCUUCUUGGCCGGCUUCGCCAUCUUCUCAGUGCUGGGACACAUGGCCUGGAGGAAACAAGUCCCCGUGGGCAGCGUUGCCGCCUCAGGCCCUGGGCUGGCGUUCGUGGCAUACCCCGAAGCCCUUUCCCUGCUGCCCGGCUCCCCGUUCUGGUCCAUCCUCUUCUUCCUGAUGCUCUUCACGUUGGGAGUGGACACUUUGUUUGGGAACAUCGAGGGCAUCACCACCGCCAUCCUGGACGAGUUCCCAGCCCUGCGUGACUGGAGGAGGAAGGUGGCGUUGCUGGGUGUGCUCUGCACCUCCUUCUACCUGCUGGGGCUCCUGCUGGUCACCCAGGGCGGCAUCUUCUGGUUCACCCUCAUUGACACGUACAGCACCGGCUUUGGGCUGAUCAUCGUCGCCCUCUUCAUGUGCCUGGGCAUCGCCUUCUGCUACGGCGUGAACCAGUUCUGCCAGGACAUCGUGGACAUGAUCUGCCGGUGCCCACCCUGGUGCAGCCACAUGCUGGGCUACUUCAAGGCGUGCUGGGCCUUCUUCACCCCCUGCCUGCUGUUGUUCACACUCAUCUACACCUUCCUGGACAUGUACGGCGUGCCCCUGCGCUACGGCAACUACGAGUUCCCUGACAUCGUGGACAUGAUCUGCCGGUGCCCACCCUGGUGCAGCCACAUGCUGGGCUACUUCAAGGCGUGCUGGGCCUUCUUCACCCCCUGCCUGCUGUUGUUCACACUCAUCUACACCUUCCUGGACAUGUACGGCGUGCCCCUGCGCUACGGCAACUACGAGUUCCCUGGUGGUGCUGCUACGGAUGGGUCGGACCACCACUUCCCCCAGGACCACCUCCCUGAGGACCGGGGCACGAGAGCAGAGCUGCUGAAGUUCACCUGA